ACCAGGGUUGCCCCACUAACAUCUUUCACCUGCAGCUGCCCUGGAAGGUCAAGGUUAUUCCGCUUCUAGCCCCAGAGCACUACUAAAACUCCCUACUAGUAGGUAGAAUGAUAUAAUGAUAUCCAUAAGUCUAAAACAAGCAGCCCUUCAAUUGUAACUUAUUAGUGUUAAUUCAAUUCAAUAAAUCGUAUAGAAUUCUCAAACGAGUAUUAUAGGAAAACCUUAGCAGAUAAGCUAACAUCUUUUAAUGAGAAUAGCUCGGAAACUCAGCACAUGCAAGAGCAACAACAAGUGCUUACCGCAAUGCGGAGAGCGCCGGUUAUGGGGUUAGCACCUGCCUCUGUUAGCUUAACGUUUAACCCCGACGAUAUCCUUAGGGCGAAGCUGUACCAAGAUAUCUAAUCACUUUUCUUGAUAUCAUAUCAGCAGUUGAGUUUCCUUCAACAUAAAUUUACUUAUGCAAAUCUAUUACUGUAAGAAACUUAUCAUUUUUUCGUACUUUUAUGACGAUCGACCAUGGCGACAGCACAGCCAGUUGUAGUAUCAUUAGCCGAUCUUAAGAGUGGGAACGUCUCGUUUGAGACGCUACAGGAAGCAUUUGGUCCAGACUCGCUAGGUAUUCUCAUCGUCAAAGAUGUACCCGCAGAGUUUCCACAGUUAAGGCAUCAACUUUUGUCUUAUGCCUCGUAUAUGGGCAAUUUAUCGGAGGCAGACUUCGAGAAAUUCACGAACGAAGCAGCGAAGUAUCUUGUAGGAUGGUCCAAGGGUAAGGAAAAACUCAAAGAUGGAAGUGCGGAUGAGUAUAAAGGCUCCUUCUACGCCAACUGCGCCUUCUAUAUAGACCCUACCUUAGAAUCAGCCAAGCCCACGGAACAGUUCCCUCUAGACAAGUUUCCAGAGUAUCUGGCGCCAAAUUCGUGGCCCCCAAAAGAGAUGUUGCCUGGUUUCAGACCGACGAUGGAGAAGAUGUGCAGCCUCAUAAUUGACACGGCGGUGUUGGUGGCGCGAGCCUGCGAUAGAUUCGCCGAGAAAGAAAUCGCAGGUUAUCCAUCGGCAUACUUGGAAAAAGUCGUUAAAUCUUCGUCCACGACGAAAGCUAGGCUCCUUCACUAUUAUCCAAUGCCGGAGGAGGUAAUGGCAAAAGGUCAGGCAGAAGACAACUGGUGUGCGGUACACAAGGAUCACGGCUGCUUGACCGGCCUCACAUCAGCCAUGUUUGUUGAUGAACUGAAAACAGACGCCAAGGUGCCGGAUUUUGGCGAAAAGGUCCCGGGGCUGCUGCCGACGUUAGAAGAAUUGCCCGGAUCGCCGGACCCGCAAGCUGGGCUUUGGAUUAAAGAUAGGAAAGGGGUUCCGGUCCAGGUCAAGAUACCUAGGGACUGCAUCGCUUUCCAGACAGGCGAGACGCUGGAACGAAUCACGGGCGGAAAGUUCAAAGCCGUCGAACAUUCGGUCAGGGGGGCAUAUGCUAAAGGUGUAGCUCGCAACACGCUAGCGGUAUUCACGCAGCCGAAUCUAGAAGACGAAGUUGAUCUAGACCAGCACAUCACUUUUGGGGAGUUUGCCAGGGGUAUCAUAGCAAAGAACACGGUCUAGGCAAACUUACCAAUUCCAAAUCAAAACUACACAUUUUGACCUGCAUUAGAGAACAGUCCGGCACGUUUACAUCAUCGGAUCAUCGGAUUUAGGUUAGUAAUCGGCUGCAGCUACCUCAUUCGCCAUGUUUGAUAUGUCGUUCGAUAUUUCUACGUAAAUAUCAAUAUGCAAGUGCGUAAUAGCUGUGAGCUCCCCAUCCUCAAGCUGUAUUACACCAUCGGUCUCCGAACCUAAUGCAGCUUCCUCGGAGUUUCUCCCGCUUUGUUUGUAGCAACCCUAUAACUCUACCCCUCCUGACCCCAAUUAGAGCUACAGUCCCAGCUUCAACCUCACUUUCGAUUCCAACUUCACCUUCAACUUCAUCUUUAAAUUCUUACGUCUUCACACUACCCAAACAACCCCACCACCCC